AUGAAGAUUGAUUUUGCCCCUUUGCAUGUGCCCCUGGAUAGGAGACUGCAGACCGCUGUGGUGCUGUUUUGGGUGUUCUCCUUUCUGGCUUUAGCGCCCCUCUGCAUCGCCCUCUUCUUCUACUUGCUGUUCACCAGAUUCUGGUUGAUCAGUGUUCUGUACUGCGUCUGGUGGUUCCUCGACUAUGACACUCCAUCUCGAGGGGGCCGCAGAGUUCCUUUCCUGUGUGGUCUCAAACUAUGGGACUACAUGCGUGAAUAUUUCCCCGUUAAGCUUGUGAAAACUGCUGACCUUGACCCAAAGCACAACUAUGUGAUGGGAUUUCACCCUCAUGGAGUCCUGGUGGCUGGAGCAUUCACCAACUUCUGUGUGUAUGCCACCGGCUUCAAACAUCUGUUUCCUGGGCUCACGACUCACAUGCUGAUGCUGCCACUCUGGUUCAGAUCCCCAUUCUUCAGGGACUACAUAAUGUGUGCAGGACUGAUUCCAUCAGACAAAGAGAGUGCCAGCUAUCCUCUCCAGCGGUGCAGUGGUGGGACAGCUGUUGUAAUAGCUGUUGGUGGUGCCCCAGAGGCCCUUGAUGCACACCCUGGAUCUUUCAAUGUCCUUCUUGCCAAGAAGAAAGGCUUCAUCAAAAUGGCCAUGGAGCAGGGCGCUCAUCUGGUGCCUAUUUUCUCAUUUGGGGAAAAUGAAGUGUUUGAACAAGUGGAUAACUCCAGAGGCACGUGGCUACGAUGGACACAGGAAAGACUGCAAGGCAUUAUGGGCAUUUCUCUGCCUCUCUUCCAUGCCCGUGGUAUUUUCCAAUACUCCUUUGGUCUCAUGCCGUACAGAAAACCCAUCCACACUGUAGUUGGACGACCAAUCAGAGUGAAGAGGAAUCCUAAGCCAACUCUAGAGGAACUUGAUGCCCUCCACCAUUAUUACAUGGAUGAACUUAGCAAUCUCUUUGAAAAGCACAAAACCAAUUAUGGCGUGGACAAGGACGUACAUCUAAACUUUGUCUAA